AUGCCUUUCAAGCCACACUACCUGUUGGUCUCCCUGACUCUCUGCUGGUUCGUGGCUCUUCAAGCAUUCCCCAUGAACGGCUGUGCUGCAUGUCAGAAGUGUCGCUGCAUCCGGACGUCCUCUGCUUUCAUCUCUCCUAGGCAGUUCCACAGGAUAGAGAUCCUACCUCCAGGUGCCCACUGUCGUCAAACAGAGAUCAUCGUUACCAAGAAGGACAAAGCCACCGUCUGUGUGACUCCAGAUGCAAGAUGGAUCAACAAAGUCAUUGCCAAGUUACAAAGAACCAACAAGAAGAAGAGAAGUGCAGAACUUCCCAUCUCAACCACCAUUGAGUGAAUUGGAACAGGAAUGUAUCAAGUUGGAGCUAAAUGGAAAUGUGAUGCCAAUGUGAUACCAAUGUAAUACCAAUGUGAUGCCAAUGUAAUACCAAUGUGAUACCAAUGUGAUACCAAUGUAAUACCAA